AUGUUUGACCCCAAUGUAACGGAUAGUGUUUAUCCGUAUCAUACGCAUACACUAGACACAUUUCUGCCGCAAACGCCCCUACCUUUGCUGCAACGGCAACAAGUGUUACCGCCGCCCAAACCCGAUACAGAUUACCUUGGCGAAUUCGAUUCGGCGCCCAUUGACCCCAACGACUUCAUCGAAAGCGUUAGUGAUGUCAACCAUGCUGGCGAUCACUUCAAUCACUACACUACCGUGUCGGACACCGAUUACAAUAGCAGCAGCAUCUUUGUCACGGCCGCCGACAACUUCACACAUCACAGCCUGUAUGGCGGUAUCAACUAUACGAACUCGGAUCACCAACAGUAUCCCUGUCAGAAGCUGUACAACCCCGAAGACCACGAAACUCUUGUAGAGUUCUGGGUUUGUGGAGUCUGCCUGAAUAUUGUCGGCAUUCUGGGCAUUAUCGGCAAUGUGAUUUCGAUGAUUAUAUUGUCCCGUCCCCAAAUGCGUUCUAGCAUUAACUACCUGCUCAUUGGCCUAGCUUGCUGUGAUACCGUCUUAAUUAUAACAUCGAUGCUGCUUUUCGGCAUACCGUCCAUAUAUCCGUACACGGGCAACUUCUUCCUCUACUACAACUACAUCUUCCCCUACAUAUCGCCAGUGGUGUUUCCCAUAGGCAUGAUUUCCCAGACGGCCAGUAUAUACAUGACGUUCACGGUAACGCUGGAGCGGUAUGUGGCAGUCUGUCAUCCGCUAAAGGCCCGGGCAUUGUGUACAUAUGGCAGAGCCAAAAUCUAUUUCAUAGUCUGUGUACUCUUUGCAACGCUGUACAAUUUGCCGCGCUUCUGGGAAGUUGUUACGGCGAGCACUAAGUACGACGAUAUUCCCGAUGUCUUGUAUUGUGUUCGGCCCUCACGUCUGCGAGCCAACCCCACGUACAUCAAUCUGUAUAUAAACUGGUGCUACCUGAUAGUAAAUUACAUUAUUCCCUUCCUGACGUUGGCCAUACUGAAUUGCCUCAUUUACCGGCAGGUGAAACGGGCGAAUCGAGAACGCCAACGGCUGUCACGCUCUGAGAAACGGGAAAUCGGCUUGGCGACCAUGUUGCUGUGUGUGGUGGUAGUGUUCUUCGCCUUCAAUUUCCUAGCCCUGGUGGUGAAUAUAUCGGAGGCGUUCUACAACUUCAUCGACAACUCCCUGACCAAGACGAGCAACCUGCUGGUGACCAUCAACAGCAGCUGCAACUUCCUCAUCUACGUGAUAUUCGGCGAGAAGUUCAAGCGUAUAUUCCUGCUGAUUUUUUUCAAGCGCCGCCUCAGCCGCGACCAGCCCGAUCUUAUACACUACGAAAGUUCAAUAUCGAACAAUGGUGAUGGCACUUAUAAUCAUCGGUCUUCGGGGCGCUUCUCUCGUCACGGUACUCAGCGCAGUACCACCACCACGUAUUUGGUAACGACAUCGGGCAACAGUACACUCAACAAUGGUCGCAUCAUGAAAAGUGCCAGUUCGCCGGGCGUGGUCAAGAUCAAACGAGGCCGGGCACCAUCACCCGGACCCGUAGUCUACUAUCCGGCACGCGAAGUGCAGCGAACCUCGCCGAUCAUUAUGUCGAAUAAUAAUUCGCCUUUAGGUUGUGAUUGGAUGGAAACUAAAAGUGCACAGAUGACGUCAGGCUUCUGAGUUUCUCCAUGCAUGAUGUUCAGUCUCGCAGAUAUUUACAACUACGAGUGCCUCGAUUUACACGAUAUGAACUGUAAACACUACAUC